CCCUCAUACUUAAUUCAUUCCUUACCAGUCAACGGACAUCCUCGCCAAUUGUCUCCGUUUCCUGACUUCUGAACAGCGCUGGGGUGAAACUUCGCAUUUUUACCAACGAAUAAUAAAGAAAAGAAAACAAACUACAACAUUCUGUUUCAUAAAUUUACCAAGAAAAAAAAAUUAAUUUGUAACCGAAUACCCGAAAUAAAGCCUCUGCGUCACAAACCAGAGGACAGGCUACACACCAGCGCUCAGGAGGGCGUCCAGCUCAGAAUAUCUCCGUUUCAUUUCUUGAAAAUCCGAAAUGAAAACCAAAUUUAUCAACGGGGUUUCUUCUUCCCCCUCCAUGUCGCUGGGUCUGCUGGUGACCGAGAACGCCCUGCAGGUCCAGCCCGACAUCGAGGAGGACUGCAAGGAGCUGGUCCGCCUCGACCAGCCCGACCUGGACACCCAGCACAAGGCUUAUCUGUGGUGCAGAGAGUUUCUCCACGGAGCCUGGAAAAGCCUGUCUGAGGACGAUUUCCAAAUCACCAUCAUAAGGGGUGGUCUGAGCAACAAGCUCUUCCUUUGCAGCCUCCCUGACAGCCUGGACACUGUUGGGGACGAGCCAAGGAGCAUCCUGCUGCGCCUCUAUGGGGCCAUCCUGCAGAUGUCCUGUAAUAAAGGGGAUUCCCAACAGUCAAACAAAGAAAAUCACUUCCAAGGGGCUGAGGCCAUGGUGUUGGAGAGUGUGAUGUUUGCCAUCCUGGCAGAGAGGGAGCUGGGACCUAAACUCUACGGUAUUUUCCCUCAGGGCCGACUGGAACAGUACGUCCCUAGCCGUAAACUGGACACCUGUGAGUUAAGCGACCCCAGCAUCUCAGCAGAGGUUGCAGAGAAGAUGGCCAAGUUUCAUGGAAUGAGAAUGCCCUUCAACAAGGAACCCAAGUGGCUGUUUGGAACCAUGGACAAGUACUUGAGCCAAGUCAUGAGGCUGAAAUUCACCAGAGAGUCCUACCUGCGCCGCUUCAACCGCCUGCUCAGCUACAACCUGCCACAGGAGAUGGAUAUGCUCAAGUCUCUGCUGGAGUCCACCCACUCUCCAGUAGUGUUCUGCCACAACGACUGUCAAGAAGGAAAUGUCCUGCUGCUGAAGGGCCGCCAGAGCUCAGACAAACAGAAGCUGAUGCUCAUUGACUUUGAGUACAGCAGCUACAAUUACAGGGGAUUUGAUAUUGGCAACCAUUUCUGUGAAUGGAUGUACGACUACAACUGCGAUGAGUUUCCUUUCUUCAAAGUGAAUGCUCAGGCCUACCCUUCAAAGGCCCAGCAGCUCCACUUCAUUGAAAGCUACCUGCGUGAGUUUGACCAAGGGUUUGACAACCUGAGUGAAGAGGACCAAAUGAAAGUGAAGGAGGAGCUAUACGUGGAGGUGAACAGGUUCUCCCUGGCAUCCCACUUCUUUUGGGGCUUGUGGUCCAUCAUCCAGGCCCGGCUCUCGACCAUUGAGUUUGGAUACCUGGAGUACGCCCUGGCCAGAUUUGAUGCCUACUUCCAGCAGAAGAAGAUCUGGGCUGUCUAAUGGAGAGAAAUGAUUGGAUGAAUUUACAUAAAGUUCAGCCAAACGGCAGGUGGAGGACAUACACGCUGAUGAAGACUCCACGAUCCACGCUUUACUUAUACUCCCUGCUGGUGUAGAAGAUUUGCUGGCUACUGUUGGUGUUGUGUUGAGCAAAGCCAAACUUGAUCUUGUGGCUAUGUGCUUAAAGCACACAAUCCAUUGCAGCUCAAAGUUUACACUGUGUUAACUCCCUGGGAGCCAAAAAAAGAACAUUGACUUGUACUAACAUUACUGGUCAGACAGGCUCUCUGCUUCUGCCUUAUUCGAACCAUAUCACUAACAUGAGGGUUAAGUUUAGCGCAGUAGAAAGGUGGAUUUCAGUCACAGCAAGAUUGGAAGUUUUAACAUUGCAUCAAUGUAUAUGUAUUGAUCAUUCCCUUAUGGAAAAGCUCUGUUGGAAAGAACCUCUUCUCUUGGUAGAUUCCUGCUUACUAAAGCAGCCAGUGGCUAAGAAUGUAUAUUAUAUAUAGAUGUCAGUGUGCCAGUAACCUGGGUCUGUCUGUUACUGAUGGGCUGAUAUGUUGGCUGGUGGAAUUUUGACUUGAUUGACUGGUCAUACAGGUCAGACUAGAGAUUACACCUCUAGUCUGACCUGUAUGACCUGCUGUUUGUUUGAUUCUCUUUUUUUAAUGGUUGCAUUUACUUUUUUUUAGGCCAGGGCAAAUAGUGGAAAAGUUAUCGUUCGUUUGCGAAGUAUGUGAAUAGUUGAGGUUCUGUUUUCUGGGUGGCUGGCUUAAACUCCACCAAAGCAAAAUCAAAGUCAUCAGACUUCAGGUAUUUCCAUUUUAAUUAGGUCUGGUUCUUUGUGGCUUCCUAAUGAAUAAUGUAGUUACACUUAUCAGCUGUGAAUUAGCUCAACCUGAAGGUGGGUUUAUGGCAUUACUAUGGGUCACUGUGACAGGUAGAUCCACAUCUCUGCGUCGUUUAUGCAUUUCGGUAAUAACAUCUGCAUUGUCUGGUUUUGCCAAAAAGACAUUCCAGCCAUGCUUUACACACAUGGGGACUUGUUGCUAAGCUUUCUAUUGGACACUAGGGUUUUUUUUUUUACUUUUGUAUAUUAUCACUGUAUUGAGGAAAGCAUCACGCUGUACACAUGACAAUGGCUCCUUGUUGUGGUUAUGAAUUCUUUGGUGAUGUCCCUGGUUUGCCUACUGCCAAGUUGCCUCAUCAUCGUACCCAUAAUCCAGAAUAAUGACACAUGCGGUCACAUUGUACUGCACAGCUGACUUUUGCUUGGAUUAUUUAUUUAAGUAAGAUGAGCUGGACUGUAACUUUGUUAAAGGGGUAUUUAGUAGAAUAUGACUUGAACAAGACUACUGCUCUCACUGCUACUGAGAGCUGAGUCAUUGGCUUUAAUCAUCUUGUCAAACCCUCACACACACUGGCCACAUAUUAUGGCCAUUGUCUGCACUAGUCUGGUGAAAGUCUUACAUAAUGCACUUUUAACAAAGGAAUUCAGCACUGUGAACAGUGAAGCACUGUGCCCUGUGUGCAUCAGGCUUACUCAUAGGUUCAGCUUUUAGGCUUUCUGCUAUGCAGCGGGAUAACUGUUUAAAAUGAGAGAGGGUCAGAUGAUACUGUGAUUAAAUUGUCCUGCUGUCUCUCAUCCAAACAUCCUGAGACCAGCUUAAUCCUACCUCACCCUAUCAAGUCAUUGUAUGUGCACCAAACACUGAAGAACUAUGCUUGUACACAGAUAUACGGAUUCAUCAUCUGCUGACUAUUAGACUUCAUUAGAAAUGCUAUAACAAUUACAGCAAAGCUUUCCAUGCUAGAAUUUUCUAAAUAAGUUUUCCUCACAUGUCACAUUUCCCAUGUUGGAACAGAACAGACUAACAUUGACCUUUCACUAAUGUGUCAGUCACUGUUGCUACCCCUUUCAAGCUUCCCAUUCUCACAGAGCACAUAUGCAGUUUACAAUCAAAACAAGGCUGAUCCACACUCUCACCAUUUUUGAUUUAUUUUUUAAUUUUUAUUUUUGAAACAAUGGGUCCUUGAUGUCAGACAGUGCCUGGCAGGCAUCUGAUCUUUAGCCCGUGUCCAUUGAUUUUGACGAUGGUAACGACAGCUGUCACUGGCAGAUUGUAUUAGCUGUGACUAGCUAGCUAAUUGAGCUAACAUAAGUGCCAUAGGUUGCCAAGACUAAGGCUAAAACCACAUGUCCCAGGCAAAAUGUCAGCAUCCUUCCAGUUAUUGAUCCAUGUAUAAGACAUGGAAAUAAAGUAGCACAUAUUGUAUUGCAGUGUAGAGCCUUGUUAAUCCAAGACUAUAAAUUUAUAAUUAUAUAUAUAUAUAUAUAUAUAAUGUUAUAAAAGAAAAAGCUUUUAUGAUGUGUUUGGCAAAUGCAACAACGCAAAUAUGGACAUGAAGUUGGAGUGUAAACUUUCCCAAAUCCAACAAAGAGCAGGAUAGAGCUGCUAACGCAAAACCCUGACCGCAUCCAAGACCAGCUUUCAAACAGUGGGGUUAUGUUACCCCACAAAUUAAUGAUAUUUAUAAUGAUAUUUUGUCUCUUUUGCCUUGGAAGUAAGGUGUAGCUGCCAAGUUAAAUAGUAAGCUAGUAGCUGGAUAUGCUAACAAUUGCAAUUUAGACAAUGACGCUGUUUAAUGCAUUCAUAACACUUGCUCUUGUGUUUCCGGUUUUGUAAGUGCUGAGUGAGUAUCACUUACUGUAACCUAUGGUUGCCAGCAAUCCCGUAAAAUACGGAAUAAUCUGUCAAAAUACGAAAUUAUCCAGCGAAAUACGUAAUUGUCCCGUAAUUGGAAACUAAACGACAUGUAUUGAACGGACACAGGACUUUGUUCUGUAUUUUUGAGAAUCAAUUCAGUGCACGUCUAUGGGAGAGAAAUAUUACAGGUUAGACUAUUAAGACUGAGCGAUUUUUAUGAGAUAUAACAAAACCCUCCUGCUCUGUCAUCCCUCAGCCUGUCUGUCACGUUAUGUUCUCAAACACAGAAUAAGCUUCUCAUUAGCGGUUACUUAUGACUGACUGACAAACACACACACACACACACACACACACACACACACACACACACACACACACACACACACACACACACACACACACACACACACACACACACACACGCUGGCAACCCUACUACAACCCCAUGCAGAAUAUGUAGCGUAGUGCAAAGCUUGACGGGUCUCCUGUUCUUAUUUACAGUUGCUAAUCCAUGAUAUCUGCUGUAGGUAGUAUUACACAAUACUGUUCGAAAACUCUUUUGAUCCUUGUUUGCCAGAAAAUGUACAAUUUAUAGUUGCUGUGAAAAGAUACAUGAAGAAAUGCAGCUUAAAAACGCACCGUGCACUGUACGGUAUGACUGUGCCACUACCACAAAGGUUGACAUGCAUAUCCAUGCUCGUUUCUGUGAAGUUGUAGCGGAUUUAUACAUCCCUGUUUACCUGUGAGCUGUGUGGAAGCCACCAAACUGAAAAUGUGACUCUUGUAAAGUGUACAGAAGGCAAUACCUCUUACUUCCCGUGACAAUGGUUACACAGUGAUUUACCAUGUACACAGAGCUGAGGUAACUGAGCUGGAUCAUAAAACUUAACUGAUCACUACAGCAGCCACCUGAUACUGGAAUCAGAGUUGUUUGAAUGUCUACUGUGGCACUUUUUAUGUGAGGACUGACAAAGAAAAAAAACAACAAUAUUUGUACUUACUAUUUUCAUGUUCAAACAUCUGCGUGUUGUUGAACUUUGACUCUUUAAGUUGUUGAAUUGUUAGUAUUAUUUUACAUAAAAGUGUAGUUCAUUGUAUAUUUUAUUGUUAUAUUUACUUUGGAAUGUGCUUAAUGUAUAGUUUUAAAUUUAUUUAGACAUAUAAUGAGAAUAGGGAUGCACCAGAAGAAUGUGCAGUGGAUGGUACUGGACGACUAUUAAAAUUUAGAAUGUGUCACUAUACAUCCCUCGUGGGGCAAUAGUAUUUAUUGAAGCGCCUAUUCUUCUUUUCCAUACUGUUGAGGGGCUCUUUUGUCUACUUAACCUGAGUGUGUAUUAAUUUUGUCUUUCUGGUUUGAAAUGUAUCAUUUGCCCUGACCUUUAACUAUAUGCUAUUUCCAUCUCAAUUCUGUUGUCCUCAUUCAUGAUUUUUUAUAUAUGUUAUAGAAAAAAUUGACACUGUGAUAUGUCACUAUUGUACAUUCCAUAAUUGUUUUUUCACCUUCAGUAUCAUGUACACUUCAAAUUUUGAUCAAAUUGGUUCUUCCAAUAAAAUUGUAGUCCCCUGUAGAGAACAAACGGACACCCUCACUUCUGUUUAUACUUGUAAUUUAGUAUGCGUAAUAUUCACUAACAAAAAUAUAGAGGGUCAAGCUAAAAUAUAUCCAAAUAUAAGGAAUGUGUUAAUGUAAUACAUUUAUUCUUUAUUUCUUUUUGUUAAAAACAUUCUGCACUGUGAAGCACCCACAAUUACACUCUCAUGUGACUCACAGUGAUAAUCUUUGCUAUCUAUGCAGCUACACUGAAUGCAUAUGUACUCAUUAAAACAUACUUUGUAACUGAAAUGGUUCCGGGUGAAUUACUGCAGCAUUUGACCUUGGCUGUAAAUUUACUUUUAUGCUUUGCACAAAUAAAAAUGUAAGAAAAAACAA